CAUUUGUUUUGUUGUUUUGACUCACUUCAAUAUGGCGCUUGUCGAAAUUGCCAUUCAGUCAUUUCACAAUAACAUUUGACUUCUCGCCCUAAAUUAUUGCCUGUUUAAACUGGUUUUCGAGCUUUACAGUGCCUACAAUCCCGACCGCCAGCGCUUACUCUAGAAAAUUUCAAGAUGUCAAGUGACGAAGGUGAUUCUGACAUGGAGUAUUCAGAUGAUGACUGUGGUUAUGCUGACUAUUACAACACUGUUGAUGAUUGUGACAUAGAUCAAGUAGACCCCAGUAAAAGUGACCCAGAGUACUUUUUAUUCGAAUGUCUCUUGGUUGAAGAUGUCGAACGCUUACUCAACGAAAACGUAGAGACGCUUAGUAGCAAUUUGCAGAUAACACCUUCCCUCGCAAAAGUUCUUCUGCAUACACAUGGCUGGGCUGUGCAAGAUGUGAUAUCUAAGUAUCAGUUAGAUGCAUCCUUGUUAUUGGUGCAGUCUCGAAUAAAACCACCUCACCCUCCGUCUCAUACAACCACUUCUAGUGCCUGUGGUUCACAGAGUUCAUUAGUAUCCAAGGAUGGUCUAGAAGACGAUGAGAAUCAGUCAAAUUGCCCAGUUUGUAUCACUGCAUCAAAUGCAGAAGUGUUCAGUGGUUUAGCUUGUGGCCAUAAGUUCUGCAAAGAUUGUUGGUCAAUGCAUUUUGAGGUACAAAUCAUCCAGGGUAUCUCAACUGGAAUUUGCUGUAUGGCACAGCAGUGUGAUAUAUAUGCACCUGAAGAUUUUGUCUUAACACUCUUAUCCAAACCAUCCUUGAGAGACAAGUAUCAACAGUUUGCUUUCCAUGAUUAUGUCAAAUCUCAUCCACAACUUCGUUUCUGCCCGGGUCCCAAUUGUCCAGUAGUAAUAUAUGCCAAGGAACCUAAGGCAAAAAGAUCAGUAUGCUCCAAGUGCAAGUCGUCAUUUUGCUUUAAGUGCGGAAUGGAUUACCAUGCACCCACUGACUGCUCCACUAUCAAGAAGUGGCUCACAAAGUGUGCAGAUGAUAGUGAAACAGCCAACUACAUUAGUGCUCACACCAAAGAUUGUCCUCGCUGCCAUAUCUGUAUCGAAAAGAAUGGGGGUUGCAACCACAUGCAGUGCUAUAGCUGCAAACAUGAAUUCUGCUGGAUGUGUUUGGGAGAUUGGAAGGCUCAUGGUUCAGAGUACUAUGAAUGUUCUCGCUAUAAAGAGAAUCCAAAUAUCGCACAUGAGAGCGUUCAUGCACAAGCAAGAGAAGCACUCAAAAAAUAUCUCCAUUAUUAUGAAAGGUGGGAAAACCAUUCUAAGAGCUUGAAAUUGGAGGAGCAGACCCUGCAGACCAUCAAAUCAAGAAUAAAUCAAAAGGUCAUGGAUGCAUCUGGAACAUGGAUCGAUUGGCAGUACCUUCUUGAAGCAGCCAUGCUUCUUGCAAAGUGCCGUUAUUCUUUGCAAUACACCUACCCCUACGCUUAUUACAUGGAGCCAAGCUCCAGAAAAGAAUUGUUUGAAUAUCAGCAAGCACAGCUUGAAGCAGAAAUUGAGAACUUAUCCUGGAAGGUGGAACGAGCUGAAACAACAGACAGGGGCGAUCUUGAAAAUCAAAUGGAUAUUGCUGAAAAGAGGCGAACAACCUUACUCAAAGAUUUCUUGGAAGUAUGACAAAUAAGUGAAACUCAUCCACAUGAGAAACUAAAUAAUGUAAAAGUUAUGUGCCAAGGUGUUAUCAACUCUGUGGGAUCAGUUUUCCGGUUAUUGCUUCUGAUGUAUUAGAUUGAGAAGUGCUGUUUAUGUCAGUGUCUACAUCACAAAAUGUUAUAGUUACUCUUCCGUCUUUCUGAGUACCUUUGUGAAUUUUCCUUUGAGGGUGUUCUGUUCAACUAUCAGCCUUUAAUAGUUAGGGUUCAUUGAAAUUGUGAGGGUAAUCAUUCAGAUUUCUGUUGUUUUGUCUGAGGUUGAUAACUAAAAAUCUGCAACCUGUUGCCUCCCUUUAUAAAAAAUGGAAUUUAAGACCGUUUCAAGGGUACUGUGUUUCAACCGUGAAAAGCUGUAAAUAUCCUAAUGUAAAAUUCUGUGCCCAUCAUGCAGAUUUUAGAUUUAAAAAUAAAAUUGUUAAUUUAUAGAUUGUGUAGUUGUUUUCAAAAUAUCAGGGUGUUCUGUCUUUUAUCUCAUACUAGAAAACUAGAAACUGGAAAUCCUCCAAAGAUUGUACCUUUUGUUUCUAUUGUAGGAAACUGUAGUUGCAGAGUGUUUUCUAACAUGCAAGCAUGCUGGUCUGAGUUAUCAACAGUCUUACAGACCGGUGGAACAAAUAGCUAAAAGCUUUUCUUGCACACUUACUCUACUGUAGUCAAGUAUUAAUCUUUUAUCACCUUUGAAAAUAUUUUUGAGCCUCUAGAAUUCUGUUGUACGAAUUUUUGAUCUAUUUACUGUCCUACACCUGUUGUAAUGGUAGCAUGAGUUUUAUUUUAAACACCGUACUGUGAUCUGCUAUGUAUGUGUAUCUAUGUAUGUAUAUGUAAAUAUUUAUGUAAAUUUGAUCUGAUAUGUUAACCAAUUUGUGUUUGAUUUGACUGACUCACAUCAGGAGACAACAUUUUAAUAGAAUUUGUCCAAUGUAAAUAAAAUGUAGAGUGAAAGGCUCCUUUAUUUUGAUUGAGCCAAGUAAUAAAUUGUGGUGUGUGCUCUUGACAAUUAUUGUUGUUAAUUGUAAUUUUGUUUCUAAAGAAAUUCUGAAUUAGUCAUUUAGCUGGAGUUAAGAAAUCUUGUUGUAAGGGAAUGUUACCUUGUAAAUGGUAGGCCUACAAACUUGGAACCAUACUGUUGAAAAGUGAAGUGAUGAGUUAUUUUUGCUUUUGUGAUAAAUUUCACUCUUAAAAUAUUGGAAAUAUUUGAUCCUUCUUUAAGGGUAAAAGGAUAUAAUACCAAAACUGCCCACUCUUUAAAAUGUUUUGCAUGUAGAUAGACCAGUUUUUUUAUCACUAUCAGGGCUUCCCGAAUUUUGUUAAUUGAAAGAUCUCAUUUAUGCAUUCAUUCUAAUUCAGUCUCAUUGUUCUCAUCUGAAGUUUGAACUAAUUUUCAAAAACAAAACUGCUCACUGUCAGUGUCUCCUGUCAGAGAUAUCUGUUCCAAAUUUCUUAUAUGUUCUAAAACAAUUUACUGCAUUUAUGAUUUGCUAGAAAUCACAAAUGAAAACAAUGAAGAAGCCAUGCUCCAAAAUUGAUUUGAUUUGAUACCCAUGUGCUAUCUGUCACCUUGAUGCAUACAUGUUGCCUUUUUCAAAAAUGGAAAUAAACAACCUGGAUUUACCAAGA